CUGAUAAUCUCAUGACUAUUCGUCUGUAUUCGCCGAGUAUCUAAGUGAGGCAUUAAUAUUUAAUGACAUUAUAUCUGUCAAAAACAUUGGUUAAAGUGUUUAUAUAAUUAUACGAGUAUUAUGGAUUAAUACUUUUGGGUUUAAUGGUAAGAUGCUUAGAAAAGUGGUGAUGAGUUCUAUGGGGGCUAUUGCUUUGGUUCCGGUUAUCAAAGCGGCCGCCCCUAUCAACGAGGAAUCAAAUGGUCCCGCGAAGCCUCCACCCAUGCGGGUAUCGGAACUACCAUUAUAUGAAACUCCACAUGCCGAUUAUGCUGAGUAUCUUGAAGCCAAAGCCCAUGAGCAGAAGACAAGUUACCUUAAAUCAGCAUUAUUACCUCCAGUACGUGCUCUAAGAGAACAAGUGCAAACAUUUGUAGAUCAGACAGAUUUCAUCAAACACUCCAUUCAGGAUAACUACCACGAAUUCCAAGAUAAGUCAGAAUGGAUCUUUAAGUAUUUGCGCGAGGAAGAAAAUAAAGAAGUAAGAUAUGGAGCUGUUGCAAUGGGUGGUCUCACAGGCUUCAUAUUUGGACUCAGGGGUGGAUUUAUUAGGAGAAUAAUAUAUGCUGGUGCGGGUACCACAGCAAUGGGACUAGUUUGCUUCCCUGAAGAUACUAAAGAAAUUUACAAGAACAAUUCUGUCCUAGCUAAGCAGUACAUCAAUAUUGCAUAUAAUUUCUUAUAUGGAGUGAAACCAGGUGAUCCACAGCUAGAAGUGAAAUUCCCAGAGUUGUCUUUACCUAAAGAUUUCUCGGAAUUUGUCGAGAUGACAGUUUCAUUAGCUUCAUCCUUCAAACAGGCUGUAAUGCCACCACCCAAGGAGGUUCCUGAAGUUUCUAAAUCAUCAGAGAAAGCUGAAUAGGUAGAAUGGAUGCUGAUUUUUAUUGGGAUUUGCAUGUAGCCUGUUUCGUUGCUUGGGUCUUUGCAUGGUCUUUUCCAUGUACAUUUGAGCAUGAGCAUAUGAGCACACUUCAUAUUUUCACCCCAUUUUGUUUGUUUAAAAAAUAUUAAUAGCUAUUUUCUGUGCAAAAUACUCCUACUGUUGCUUAAAACAGCUUGGGUCUUGGUUCUGAAAUGCAGUACUUUAAUAAACAUUACACAAAUAUGAUGUUCUUGUUUCAGUGUCUUAAGCUAUCAUCACAAGAUGGGACAUCUUGUUAGUGAAAAUAUUUAUGGCAAUAAAUUCAUUUAGCCAAUAUGGCUAAAAUAUUACAGUGAUAAUAAACGGACAUUAAAAUAAAUAAAUGAAAUAUUU